UCAAAAUCACCUAACAAUGGAGUUUCAAUUUGCCUCUAUUUUUGUAGAAAUUCAUAGAUCAGAUUACUGCAAUUUAAGGUAUUGAAGUUUGCUGAUGAAUUUUCCAUUGAUGAUCGAAGCUCUAAGGUACUCGUUUUCGCGUUUUCUCUCUGCAUGUUCUCACUUUCUCCCUCCUCCAUUUUGUUCUACAAUUUCUAAAUUUGAGGUCGAUUUCGCGUGUUUUGUUUUCGGAUUGAAAAAAAAAAAAACAAAAUAAAUGCUUGCACAUACUGCACCGCCGAAUUUACAAUAUUUUGCUGUAAACCGAGAGCAUGCAAAACUUGUUGUUAAGUUAUUGAUAGAAUCAAAGCAAUCUAAGCAAUCAAUUAUAUUUUAUGACACCCAAAGACACGGGCCAAUGAUGACGUAUCUUAUAAUUCUACAUUGUAAACAAUUUCAACAUUUUAUGACACCCAAAGACACGGACCACCAUUGGGCCUGGACGGAUCACGGAUGGAGUAAUAAUAUCAAUAAUUAUGACGAAUAAUGUUAAAACUUAAAAGAGUAGGAGACUUCCAUAGUUCGUUGAACUUCUCUUUCUAUCACUGUAUUUAAAAAUUUGUUUCUUCAAUUUCCUUAAAUUUCAAGAAUCGAAAUGAUUAAUAUGAAAUUUGUAACUCAUCUGAGUUUAGUAUUGACGAUGAGUUUGGUAUCAUUUGCGUUGUCUAACAAUUAUCAUACCACUUCAAAUUCAAAUACAAAUACAUCGCAUUCAAAUUCAAAUACUGUUCGAUUUCUACCUGGCUUCCCUGGAAUUCUCCCUUUCAAUCUUCAAACUGGAUAUAUUGGAGUAUGGGAGGAGCAAAUGCAGCUAUUUUACUACUUUAUAAAAUACGAGAAUAACCCAAAAACAGAUCCACUUUUGGUUUGGUUUGCUGGAGGACCCGGCUGCUCUUCCUUUACGGAUCUUGUUUUUGGACAUAUUGGUCCUCUAUCCUUCAACAUAUCAUCACAAUGGGAGGAUGGUCUACCGAGACUUGAAUCAAAUCCUUAUUCUUGGACCAAGGUUGCAAAUGUAUUAUUUAUAGAUUCACCUGUUGGCGCUGGAUUCUCCUAUGCAACAAACAAAUCUUACAUUCCUAGUGAUACAAACACGGUAAAACAGGCAUAUGAGUUUUUGAAGAAGUGGCUUAUCGAGCAUCCUGAAUUUGCAAGAAAUCCUAUUUACAUCGCUGGUGCUUCGUAUGCUGGAAGAGUCAUUUCAACUCUUAUGCUAGAGAUAAUAAAUGGAAAUGAAGCAGGAUCUGAGACAAGAAUGAAUAUUCAGGGAUAUAUUAUUGGGAAUCCGGUGAUGGAUGAUUUCGUUUCAAAGCAUGCAAUCGAAUAUGCUCACCGUAUAUCUAUACUGUCAGAUGAGCUUUAUGAGUCGGCCAAAUUAAGUUGCCAUGGUGAUUAUGAGCCAAUUGUUGCUGAAGGUAAUGCACAAUGCAAAGAGAUACUUGAAGCUACAUCAAAUUGCAUGGAUCCAGUAGAAGAAUCAUUUAUCCUGGAAUCCAAAUGCAAUGUAUCAACACCCGAGAAGUGGUGUCGGGUAUACUAUCGUAAUCGCAUGUCUCAAUCGUGGGCAAAUGACAUUAACGUCCAAGCAGCUCUUCAUGUUCGAGAGGGAACGAUUAGUGAAUGGUUUCGCUGCCGCGGUCGACGCAGCGAUGAUGAGUUUAAGUACAAUUCUGAUGUUGAUAACAGCGUGAGUUAUCAACAAAAUCUUACCACCGAGCCUCUCAGGGCAUUAAUCUUCAGUGGUGACCAGGAUAUGUUGGCUCCAUAUAUGACAACAUUGGCUUGGAUCAAAAAGCUAAAUAUCGUCCCAAAUGGUGAUUAUUGGAGGCCUUGGUUUUUAAAUGGCCAAGUUGGAGGAUAUGUUACAGAAUAUUCAAAUGGCAACUACAAUUUGACAUUUACUACAAUCAAGGGAGCAGGACAUAUUGCCCCUGAAUAUAAGUCGCAAGAAUGUUUAGCAAUGUUGCAAAGAUGGAUCGCAUUUAGCCCUCUGUGAUUAAAAUUAUCAAACAUUGAUGUUGUUGAAUUUUUGCCUUGUAAUUUUUGAAAUUUAUAGAUUUGUGUAAUUACCUAUCUCCAUACCUAAAAGGCAUUGUAAAGUUAAGAUGUAUUAUUUGUAUUAUUCAUGAAAGCAAUGAUGAAACGUUAUUUCAUAUUUC